CUUUUUGGUGGAGCAAUUACCAGUCAACUUCAGGGUAUUAUGAUAAACUCUGAUCUGGGGAGGAACCCGGACUACAUAGAUCAAGGCAGUUUUCUUCUUUGAGAAACUAUCCAAGAUAUCAUCAUAGAGUCUUCUGCUCUUCCUCAACUACCAAAGCAGAAAAACAUCAGCGAAGCAGCAGGCCAUGCACCCCCCAAAAACUCCAUCUGGGGCUCUUCAUAGAAAAGGGAAAAUGGCAGUCUGGCCCUUCUCCAGGCUGUGGAAAGUCUCUGAUCCAAUUCUCUUCCAAAUGACCUUGGUCGCUGCUCUGUUGCCUGCUGUUCUUGGCAAUUGUGAUCCUCCACCCACUUUAUCGUUUGCUGCCCCGGUGGAUAUUACGUUGACUGAGACACGCUUCAAAACUGGAACUACUCUGAAAUACACCUGCCGCCCUGGCUACAUGAGAUCCCAUUCAACUCAGACGCUUACCUGUAAUUCUGAUGGCAAAUGGGUGUAUAAUACCUUCUGUAUCCACAAACGAUGCAGACACCCAGGAGAGUUACCUAAUGGGCAAGUGGAGAUUAAGACAGAUUUAUCUUUUGGAUCACAAAUAGAAUUCAGCUGUUCAGAAGGAUUUUUCUUAAUUGGCUCAAACACUAGUCAUUGUGAAGUCCAAGAUAGAGGAGUUGGCUGGAGUCAUCCUCUCCCACAGUGUGAAAUUGUCAAGUGUGAGCCUCCUCCAGACAUCAGGAAUGGAAGGCACAGCGGUGAAGAAAAUUUCUACGCAUAUGGCUUUUCUGUCACCUACAGCUGUGACCCCCACUUCUUACUCUUGGGCCAUGCCUCCAUUUCCUGCACUGUGGAGAAUGAAACAAUAGGUGUUUGGAGACCAAGCCCUCCUACCUGUGAAAAAAUCACCUGUCACAAGCCAGAUGUUUCACAUGGGGAAAUUGUCUCUGGAUUUGGACCCAUCUAUAAUUACAAAGACACUAUUUUGUUUAACUGCCAAAAAGGUUUUGUUCUCAGAGGCAGCAGUGUAAUUCGUUGUGAUGCUGAUAGCAAAUGGAAUCCUUCUCCUCCUGCUUGUGAGCCCAAUGAGAAGCUGUUCACAGAGGCUAAAAGACUUGCCCAAGGUUAUACAACUGAUAGUUGUACUAAUUUACCAGACAUUCCACAUGCUUCCUGGGAAACAUAUCCUAGGCCAACAAAAGAGGAUGUGUAUGUUGUUGGGACUGUGUUAAGGUACCGCUGUCAUCCUGGCUACAAACCCACUACAGAUGCGCCUACAACUGUGAUUUGUCAGAAAAAUUUGAGAUGGACCCCAUACCAAGGAUGUGAGGCGUUAUGUUGCCCUGAACCAAAGCUAAAUAAUGGUAAAAUCACUCAACACAGGAAAAGUCGUCCUGCCAAUCACUGUGUUUAUUUCUAUGGAGAUGAGAUUUCAUUUUCAUGUCAUGAGAGCAGUAGAUUUUCAGCUGUAUGCCAAGCAGGUGGCACAUGGAGUCCCCGAACACCAUCCUGUGGAGACAAUUGCAAUUUUCCUCCUAAAAUUGCCCAUGGGCAUUAUAAACAAUCUAGUUCAUACAGCUUUUUCAAAGAAGAGAUUACAUAUGAAUGUGAUAAAGGCUACAUUCUGGACGGACAGGCGAGACUCUCCUGCAGUAAUUCACGCUGGUCAGCUCCAGCCCCUCAAUGUAAAGCUCUGUGUCUGAAACCAGAAUUAGUGAACGGAAGGUUGUCUGUGGAUAAGGAUCAGUAUGUUGAGCCUGAAAAUGUCACCAUCCAAUGUGAUUCUGGCUAUGGUGUGGUUGGUCCCGAAAGUAUCACUUGCUCUGAGAACAGAACCUGGUACCCAGAGGUGCCCAGGUGUGAGUGGGAGACCCCUGAAGGUUGUGAACAAGUGCUCACAGGCAAAAGACUCAUGCAGUGUCUCCCAAACCCAGAGAAUGUGAAAAUGGCCCUGGAGGUGUAUAAGCUGUCUCUGGAAAUUGAACAACUGGAACUACAGAGAGACAGUGCAAGACAAUCCACUUUGGAUAAAGAACUAUAAUUUUUCUCAAAAGAAGGAGAAAAAGGUGUCUUGCUGGCUUGCCUCUUGCAAUUCAAUACAGAUCAGUUUAGCAAAUCUACUGUCAAUUUGGCAGUGACAUUCAUCAUAAUAAAUAUCUAGAAAUGAUAAUUUGCUAAAGUUUAGUGCUUUGAGAUUGUGAAAUUAUUAAUCAUCCUCUGUGUGGCUCAUGUUUUUGCUUUUCAAGACACAAAGCACAAAUUUUUUUUCGAUUAAAAAUAUACGUAUAAAAAACUA